AGAAGGGCGAUGAGAGGGCAGAUACGCUUGUGAACAACAGGUACAACUGUCGUGGUCGUUUUUCUCAAAGUUGCCGUAAUGCCACGUACAUUUCCUUAUAUCAGUACAAAAGUCUUCUGUUACAAACUUCUAUUCGGUCAAAUAAGCCUCACGUAAUUCAACACUUACUCGUGUACCUCGAUACAAACAGGGCAUAGUUUACGCGGACAGAUUUUUGGGCGGAGUAAAUGCUCUCGCUUCGCCUCUUCCUCUCUGACUAAACUGUUCCUGUGAGUCACAUGACAGCUAGCGAACCUCCUGACUCCUUUCUGUCGAUUGUUUUCUUACUCGGAUAUUAUUGCUAAAGGAAGAUGGCUGCGGAGAUGGAACCGCCACCACUGGGAGAUGCAGGACAGACUGACUUCAGGGAAAUAGAAGAUGGAGAAGGCUUUUUUGUCAGUACUGUCACUACACUAGAGUCUCCAGAACCCUCAUCUCCAGAUCCACCCAGCAUGCCUGCAGAAGGCAUCAGCACAAAUGGACCUAAGCAAGAAGACAUUUCAUUGGAUGAUGACCCAGAGGAUCUGUUUGCAGAAGCAACAGAGGAGGUUUCUCUGGAUAGUCCAGAGAGGGAGCCCAUCCUGUCAGACGGUCCAUCUCCGGCCAUCACCCCAGUCACCCCCACAGCUAUGCUCACCCCCAGGAUGGGCCUGGGCACUGCCGAGAUGUUUGAGAGAUCCCUGGAUGAGAUUGAAGAGGACGAUAGUGGUGACACCUUUGACAUGCAUAUAGCAGUGUCCGAUCCAGAAAAAGUUGGGGAUGGAAUGAAUGCUUACAUGGGAUACAAAGUAACUACAAAGACCUCUAUGACCAUUUUCAGCAAGAAUGAAACCACUGUAAGGAGGAGGUUUAGUGACUUUCUAGGCUUGCACAGCAAACUAGCCUCCAGGUACCUGCAUAUAGGAUACAUAGUCCCUCCCGCUCCAGAGAAAAGCAUUGUGGGAAUGACUAAGGUCAAAGUUGGGAAAGAGGAUUUGUCUUCUGCAGAAUUUGUCGAGAAGAGAAGAUCAGCCUUAGAAAGGUAUCUGAUGAGAACAGUGAAACAUCCCAUCCUGCUGAAGGAUCCGGAUGUCAUGAUGUUCCUGGAGAGUUCAGAGCUGCCGAGAGCGGUUAGCACCCAGGCGCUGAGUGGGGCCGGAAUAUUGAGGAUGGUAAACAAAGCUGCCGACGCUGUCAACAAAAUGACAAUCAAGAUGAAUGAAUCGGAUGCGUGGUUUGAGGAGAAGCACCAGCAGUUUGAGAACCUCGACUUGCAACUCAGAAAACUGCAUGCUAGUGUGGAGUGUCUGGUCUGCCACCGGAAAGAGCUGUCGGUAAACACGGCAUCCUUCGCCAAGUCGGCAGCCAUGCUUGGGAACUCCGAGGACCACACAGCUCUGUCGCGGGCCCUGUCGCAGUUGGCCGAGGUGGAGGAGAAGAUCGACCAGCUGCACCAGGACCAGGCUUACGCUGAUUUCUACCUGUUCUCCGAGCUGCUGGGGGACUAUGUACGUCUCAUCACUGCAGUCAAGGGUGUAUUUGACCACCGGAUGAAGACUUGGUCCAAGUGGCAGGACACCCAGCUCUUGCUGCAGAAGAAGCGUGAGGCUGAGUCCAAACUCCAGUUCGCAAACAAGCCUGACAAGCUACAGCAGGCUCAGGACGAAAUCAAAGAGUUGGAGGGGAAGGUCCAGCAAGGUGAAAAAGACUUUGAGCUGAUUUCCAAAACCAUUCGAAAAGAAGUGAGCCGAUUCGAGAAAGAAAGAGUGAAGGACUUCAAAGUUGUCAUUAUUAAAUACCUGGAGUCGCUUGUGCAAACACAACAGCAGCUGAUAAAGUAUUGGGAGGCGUUCUUACCCGAAGCCAAAGCUAUCGCAUAAUAACUGGAUGGCCUGCCUUGCCUGCGUUUUUGCCAACCAUAGCACCCCUGUCUGAUGAUCACACAUUUUCUUAUGUUUACGUCCAGAUCACGCCUUCAAGAGAAUGCAUGGAGAAACAAAAUACACGUUUUGACAUGCAUAAUAAAACCACUUAAUUUUGGUGGAGAAUUGCUCUGUUACCCUAUGAUUUCACCUGAAAGAAGCACCUGUCCCAUUUCUGUUGAGAGAUUAACCGCACGAGGACUGUGAUAAGCCAGGGACUUCGCACUCCCUGAUUGAUCAAACACUACUACUCUGUCUUAUUUACUACCAGUAUGAUUUGUGCAUUUAAUAAUUGCCACCUAAUGUGCAAUGGUUGAUUUCUUUUACUAGAUUUUUUUGUUGUAUUGUUUAAUUUGAAAGCCUUUUCUUUUGACUUUACAUUCCCGUGCCGCAAAUGUUUGAGUACUUUAAUUCUAAUAAAGGAAUGUAUCUCGGU